AUGGAUGAAUGGCAGAGGUUGUCUUCUCAUGAACAGCUGUCUGAGAACUUUGCUCUUUCUAAAUCACUGGACUUUGAGAGGAUGGAAAGAGGAAGAAAAUGUGGAUUUCGCUUCAUGGAUCUGGAAGAUGACUUAGAACUUGGGUCUUUUUCCAGAAUUAUUGGAGGACGAAUGUCUAUGCCAGGAGGGCAACCAUGGCAGGUCUCCGUCAAGCGAGGCCGUUCUCAUUUCUGCGGUGGCAGUUUGAUUGGUGAUGAUGUGGUGGCCACUGCAGCUCACUGCGUCGUAGAUUUAGAUCUAAAAGUUAUGAAGAAUCUGAUUGUGACUGUUGGGGAGUUUGAUCUCGGCAGUGGGGAUGAAGAAGAACAGAGCGUCUCAGUCUCUGAAAUUGUUGUCCAUCCUGACUUCAACAGAUUUGGGAAUAUGGAUUCAGAUAUAGCAUUGCUGUUUUUGAAACACCAGGUACAAUAUGGCUAUGAAGUACAGCCUAUCUGUCUUCCCCACAAGGAUGAUGUAUUUGAAGCCGGAACGCUCUGCGUUGUGAGUGGAUGGGGCAAAACCUCUGAGGAUGGGCCUCUGUCAAACGUCCUACAGGAAGUGGAGCUUCCCAUCAUUGACAGCAUAACCUGCAGUGAAGUGCUGAAAACUUUAAAUUUGCCCCCAGGACAGAGGUCCAUGCUGUGUGCUGGUUUUCCAGAUGGUGGAAGAGAUGCGUGCAAGGGUGAUUCUGGAGGGCCCCUGGCAUGUAGGAAAGCCAGCGGCAUCUGGACAUUGGUAGGCAUCACCUCGUGGGGAAUUGGUUGUGGAAAAGGCUGGGUAACUGUCAAGAGGAUCAACGGCAGUAGAGGUUCUCCAGGAAUUUUCUCUAAAGUGAAUGAGCUCCUGGAUUUCAUUACUCAACAUAUGACCUCUGCUCAGGAUUGUGCUGUUGUGGCCCGCCAGCAGCAAGCAGAUCUAGUAGCAGAUUCGGACAAAUCUGGCCCAAGCUUUCUGUUUGCAUCCAGCCGAGAAGAGUGCAAUCCCCAUGGAACGCUGGUGUUUGGUGAAAGUGGCCUUGUUCGGUAUCCCCGCUUGGCUGAAGACAACUACCUUGAUAAUAGCUGGUGCGUUUGGAACCUAACUGUAUCUGAAGAUAAAAUCAUUCUGGUGGAAUUUAUCAAACUAGACGUAGAAGAUCAGAUUGAAUGUGACCGUGACUACGUUGCUUUCUAUUCAAGUGAGAAGGAAUUAAUUGGCAAAAUCUGUGGCGAUGUCCUGCCUUCCCCCUUGCUGAUAGAGUCGGACCAAGCCAUUGUUAUAUUUGUGUCGGAUGGCAGCAUUGGUGGCAGAGGCUUUGAAUUCACCUUCAGUGCUGUGCAUCCAGCAUCUGAAGCAGGCUCUGGCUGUGGCAGUGUUGCAAUGCUGGUGGAAGAAGGAAAGAUUGACACGGCUAAUUACCCUGAUGUAUAUCCCAGCGGCACAAAAUGCCACUGGCUCAUUGAAGCCCCAGUGGACCAUGUCAUCAAGUUGGAGUUUGAAGACUUUGCUGUUGAAAUCAGCCAGGAUUGUAUUUAUGAUGCUGCUGUUGUUUAUGGAGACACCGAAGAAGACCACCAGCUAGCUCUCCUGUGUGGUUUCUCAAUUCCUUCACCUGUGUGGAGCUCAGGGAACAUCAUGCUGAUCCAGUUUGAGAGCGAUGAAGAAAAUAACUUCCGGGGAUUCAAGGCCAAGUUCACUUUUUUCUCUUCAGCAACAUCUAAAGCUGAAUAUGAAGGGCUGCUCUCUGUAUCUGCUUUUGAACCAAAAGAUAUCCCACUGGCUUUUGAUUCCUCUUCUCUUGUUGUAGAUAUAUGUGGUUUCCCCCCUUUUGGUCCUCAGAGGCUGACAAGACAUAUCAUUGGGGGAGAAGAAGCUUGCCCUCACUGCUGGCCCUGGCAUGUGAGUUUGCACUUUCUGGGUGAUUAUAGGUGUGGCGGUGCCAUCAUCAACGCGACUUGGGUGCUCACAGCCGCUCACUGCGUAAAGAUAACAAAUAAUCCAUCAUAUUGGACUGUUGUUGCUGGAAGCCAUGACAGGCUACUGAAAGAAGCUGCUGAGCAGGUAAGAAGAGUCGAGAGCAUUACGGUGCACCCGGCCUUUGAGGUUGCAAGUUACGAUUCUGAUAUUGCUCUCGUCCAGCUGCAAACGCCUCUGAUCUAUAGUGCAGCAGUGAGGCCUGUGUGCUUGCCAAGUUCCAUGGAGCCGUUGCUGUCCUUGGAGCUUUGUACCGUGACUGGCUGGGCAAGUUUCCAAGAAGCUGGAGGCCUUGCUACCCGUCUACAGCAAAUGCAUGUCCCACUGGUGGCCAAUGACCUCUGUGAGCAAAACUACUACUUUAAUCACCCUGGAGGCAUCACACCUCAGAUGCUCUGUGCUGGUUUUGCAUCUUUGGAAGGCCGCGAUUCCUGCCAGGGGGAUUCAGGUCUGCUGGUUUGCCAAAAUGAACACAAGCAAUUUAUGCUCCACGGACUUGCUAGCUGGGGUGUGGGCUGUGCUCAGCCUAAGAGACCAGGCGUUUAUUCACGAGUGAGUGCCUUUUUUGACUGGAUUGUAUCUGUAAUGAAAGGUCCUCUACAAGAUAGAGAUAUUCGAAAAGGUAUGACCGCUGUGUUUGUGUAUGAAAAAUGUACUAAAGUAGAAAGGAGUAGGUAUAUUGUGGCCCGCCAGCGGCCCGUGGAGUUAGCAGCAGAUUCGGAGCGAUGUCCAGUCUUGGAUUUGAUCCCAGUGGGGGUCGCAGAAAUAGUUUCUCCAAACUAUCCAGACAUCUAUCCUAAUUUACUAAACUGCACUUGGACAAUCUAUUCUGCUUCAGGAAGCAAACUAAAAACCGUGAUACAAGAUGUUGUUAUUGAGGAUGCUAAAGACUGCAUUUGGGACUCCCUGAGCUUCUAUGAUGGACCAGAUCAACAUUCACAAUUGCUUGGAACACUGUGUGGCCACAAAAGGAACCUUCAACUGUUUUCGAGCAGCAGCUACUUGACAGUGCAUUUCAGAACAGAUGGCUCGGUUGGGGCCAAGGGCUUCAAGAUCAGUUUUGAAGAGAUGAAUCAAGGAUCGGUUCAGAGAAGCGAGAAUGGGAUAGAACUCAACAGUCCAUGUAAUAAGCGAGAGUUGGGGGGACCUCUUAUAUGCAAGAUUGAUGGACGUUAUAAGCUUGUUGGUCUUGAGAGCUGGACUAGUGCCCAUUGUGAACCAGAGUCUCCAACAGUCUACACGCAAAUCUCUUUUUACAGAAAUUGGAUUUCAGCAGUGAUUUAUGGACAAUUGUGAAAAAUGAACUUAAAAAAGCACAACUGUAAUAGAAGUUGUGCUUCAGAAGGACUAAUUUGUCAAGUGUUGCCAAAUCUUCAUGUAUUUUCUCAGAAUCAGUUCUGGAGAAACUAAUGCCAUCUUGCUAUUUAUUGAAAGCAUGAUG